AUGUUGUCUUCGUCUGACACAGUGUGGUACUUUGCUUAUGGGUCGAAUAUGAGCUCGGCGAAGUUCACCGGCGAUCGCGGCAUCAUCCCACUCAAAGUCGCCCGUGUGCGCAUCCCGGGUUGGAUACUGGCAAUGGAGAUACCUGGCAUGCCCUACUCUGAGCCCUCCUUCAGCUCUAUUGCUCCUCGUGCUUACGGCGAUGGUGAAGAGAAGGGAUUUCCUGACGUAGUCGGUGUCGCCUAUCUAAUCACCCGAGCACAAUACAAGCAUGUGAUCGCCUCCGAAGGGGGAGGAACUGCAUAUCUGAACCUGUGCAUCGCUGGUGUUCCGGUCGAGGCCACCGACGAGGAAAAGACUGGAACUAGGGUUAAGGUGUGGACGCUCGGGAGUGCAAUUGCGAGGCAUCCACCUCCUGCUCCAAGUCUGCGUUACAUGACGCUCCUUACUGAGGGUGCCAACGAGUCAAAGCUGCCAUUGGAGUAUCAAGGGUAUCUAUCUCAGAUCCCGACAUAUAGGCUGCCUGAUUCGAGAUGGACUAGACUUGGAGCCACCAUAUUUCUGAGUAUAUGGUCUCCGGUGAUGUCGUUGAUGGAAAAGCUAGUAAAGGGGAACAUCAGAGAAGAUGGGAAUACCUAUCUUUGGAUUGUUUAUCUGGUUAGAUUGGUGAUGUUAUUCAUUUGGCUCAUGCACGACUAUGUGUUUUGGCCCAUGUUUGGACGCGGUGAUGGUUUAUGA